CAAUGCAAGACACAGUCGGGUCACCGGACUGAUAGGACCAGUACCAGGAAAGGAUCAGCACCAUCAUCAUGGGGAACUGUUGCGAGAGACUGGGUCCACAGAAGAACACCUACGUCCGUGUGAGUCUGCCAGCCGUCUGCUUCGUCUGGCAGAUUGCUAUGAUCAUCCUGUUUGGGGUUUUCAUCCGCUAUGACAAAGAAUCAGACGCACACUGGGUGGAGUACAAACAUAAAAAUAACCUGACCGACAUUGACAAUGACUUCUACUUCAGAUAUCCCAGCUUCCAGGACGUCCAUGUGAUGAUCUUUGUUGGAUUUGGUUUCCUCAUGACCUUUCUGAAACGCUACAGCUACGGCGGCGUGGGCUUCAACUUCCUGAUUGCCUCGUUCGGCCUGCAGUGGGCUCUUCUCAUGCAGGGCUGGUUCCACUUCUUUGAUCUGGAAACUGGAAAAAUCUACAUUGGGGUUGAGAACAUCAUCAAUGCAGACUUCUGCUGCGCCGGCUCUCUGAUCGCCUUCGGCGCCCUGCUGGGUAAAGUGAGCCCCGUCCAGCUCAUGGUUGUCACCUUGUUUGGAGUGACUUUGUUUGCUGUGGAGGAAUACAUCAUCCUUCAUCUGCUUCACUGCAGAGAUGCUGGGGGAUCCAUGGUCAUCCACUGCUUUGGAGGGUAUUAUGGACUGGCCAUUUCCUGGGUGCUCUAUCGACCAAACUUACAUCAAAGUAAACAGCUCCACGGGUCCAACUACCACUCGGAUCUGUUUGCAAUGAUUGGUACUUUGUUUCUGUGGAUGUACUGGCCCAGCUUCAACUCAGCUAUCGCAGACCACGGCGACGGACAGCACAGAGCGUUCAUAAACACCUACAUCGCCCUCGCCUCCUCCGUUCUCACUGCCGUCGCCUUGUCCAGCAUGUUCCAUAAAAGAGGAAAAUUGGACAUGGUUCAUAUCCAGAAUGCCACUCUGGCGGGUGCUGUAGCCAUGGGAACCUCAGCAGAGUUUAUGAUCACUCCUUACGGCUCGCUCAUUGUGGGCUUCUGCAUGGGCAUCAUCUCCACCUUCGGCUACGUCUUCGUCACACCCUUUUUGGAGAAAACUCUAAAGCUCCAGGACACGUGUGGUAUUCACAACCUGCAUGCCGUCCCAGGAAUGCUUGGCGGCUUCAUUGGUGCUAUUGUUGCUGCAACAGCUAAUGAAGAUGUCUACAGUAAAGAAGGGCUGAUAAAUGUAUUUGAUAAGGAGGGAAAAUAUGCAAACAGAGGAAUGGGAACGCAGGGAGGAUAUCAAGCUGCUGGGACAUGUGUGUCGAUCGCCUUUGGACUGGUUGGAGGAGCCAUUGUUGGGUUGAUCCUGAAGAUUCCUAUCUGGGGUGACGCUGCUGAUGAUCACUGCUUCGACGAUGAGGCUUACUGGGAGCUUCCCGAGGAAGAGGAGGAGACCCUUCCUCCUGUUUUGGAGUACAACAACCACAUGAUUCACAAAGGCCAAGACAUAACCGAGUCCAGUUUCUGUGUAGAGCAGAGUUAGAGACAAGCUGUUGAUUUAAAUUUGAACACAGUGCAGCUCUUCAGCAACUUAAUUUAAGAAGGUUUUUACUUUGCGGGUCUGGAUCUGAUUAUUGGAAACUAAAAUGUUAAAUGUGUUUAUUUUUAGAUCUAAAAUCAAUUCAAUCAGAUUUAGCGUGGACCUUUGUAAAUUAUUGCUGUGACCAUGUGACUUACUUCAGCCUGUAUGAUGUGACAUUGGAUGUUUUUAUGUUCUAUAAGCUGAUUUUUCUCAAUACUUUUUCAAUGUAAUGAUGUCUAAAGUAAUUUAAUUUACAACAGAAAGUUGUGUAGCUGAAAAAGGCUUUUAAAGUGUGCUAUUUUAUGUAAUGCAAACAGGAAAUAAUCAGGUUUGGAUAAGGCUGGUGUUGUCAAAUAUGGCAGGUUUAAAUAACGUUUCUACAUCCAUAGUUGUCUGCAUUUAUCAUUAAUUCUGACAGAGUAACUAUGAUUAGUUUUAUUGCUGGAGUGUUGAUUGUUAACUCCAGUCGCCAAAGGAAGUGCAUCACCAGGAAAACUCAGCUUUCAAACAUAAAACAUUAAUGUCUGCAUCAUGAACCGAAUUGUUUGUAAAGGUUUAUGAGACAGUAAGGGUUGAAAAGUCUUGUGUAUUUAAAAAAUUAUAUCAGUUUUUUAUCAGCAUGUAGCAUUAAACCUCACGACCAAUAAAACCUCAGUCGUAUGUAAAAUAAUAUGCCAGACAUAUUUAUAGGCAUCUUAUUUUGAAACUAACGGUUUUGAAAGUUAAUUCUCUUAUUGACAUAUUAUUGUUCUAGAGUUUGUAAGAUGAAAUUGUAUUUACCUGAAAUAAAAAUAAAAAAUAAAAAUACUGA